AUGGCAUUCAAAUUCGUAGCCUUCGCUGCUCUAAUCGCAGUAGUCCGUGCUGGAGUACUCCAAUCAUACUCCGCCCCAUUGGCUUAUGCCCCUCCAGUUGCUGAAGUAGCAUACUCCGCCGCCCCUGCUGUGUCAUACUCCAGCGUAUCAGCUCCAUUAGCCUCCUAUGCCAGAGUUGCUGCCCCAGUCGCCUACUCUGCUCCAGUCUACUCCCACGCCGCUCCAGCUUUCUCCUAUGCCGCUCCAGCUCUCAAAGUAGCCGCCCCAGUCGCUUAUGCCGCCCCCUUCGCCAAAGCCAUCGUCGCUGAGGCUCCAGCAAACUACAACUUUGGAUACGGCGUUAAUGAUCCCCAUACCGGAGACAGCAAAUCCCAACAAGAAUCAAACGACAAUGGUGUUGUUCACGGAAGCUACUCCCUCGUUGAAGCUGACGGUUCCAGACGUAUCGUGGAAUACACUGCUGAUGNUAUUCCUAAUGAAACCU